CGCGCACAAGUCGGCCGCUCGUCGUCCUACAACACACCGCCGGACAAAGUUGCGGCCGGUAUCAAUUGGCUGUGCUCCGUGUAUACCGGUCGACCUUCUGCAGUUGCAACACGAGACCUGACACAGAUAGGAGAGCCGCACUCAAUCAGUCCGCCGGGUCCAGGCAUUGCCUGCGCCGCGGUGGCACGCCUUGCGAAACACACCGGGUCGUGCGUUUUCAUCGGGGGACCCGUUGCCCGACGUGAACCAAUGUCGCGUCGCGGAUUCAGCGGGCCAACGAUGAUCUCAUCCCCGUCAUCUGGGAACCGUGUUCGCGCGAACACCUGCCUCCGCGGAUAGACCUGACGCUGUCGGAGUGCCGUUUACUUGACGGAUCGAUUAACACUUUGACAGCCGUAUUGGCCGUCUACCACUUGAUGGCUAGGCUGAGGAAUGUGGGUCUGAUUGGACAGUUUUCAUUCUUUCUCGUGUGAUUUUCGAUACUGAUCUGGUGUUUGUCAAUGUGGUACAUAAUUAAUUAAAGCUACAAACAAAACACAUCUCGACACUCUCUUUUGUCGUUUGCCGUACCCGUAAAUAUCAAGUGUUGGAUAGUUACUUAAAGAUUUUAGGUGUAUGCCGUUUUUAGUCCUUCGGAGACAAGUGUCCUACUGAUGGCUGUAUCAGUAUUUAAGAGUUCAAUGUAUAAUUUAGUAUUCUGUGGAAGAGAUUGAUGGUUGUAAAUGUCCUCGUCUGCAAAGGGUUUAGAGGUUCCAGGAAGAGUACUGCUGGUCCCUUUAACUUUCAACAUUUGAAGCAAGUCUUGAAAGACCCCAUGAAUUUUCCUAAAUGAUUGAUAGCCUAACAUAAAUGAAACUUUAAUGUCGUUUACUUUACUACAGAGAAAGUCUACGUAAAAAAUAUUCAAAUUUCACUACAAAAGAAAUAAACACGUGAAGUGCGUUUAACAUCAGCAAUGCUUCAGGAUCAUUAGCAAAAAGCAACUUCUAAAGUCAGACCCUGACAUGCUCUGCCAGCUAACCUCAACAAUGAAUCCGCUAUCCUAUUCAAUACAAACUACUCCUUCCUUUUUUCUUUCCACUUUCCUCCCAUGGUUUCCACAUCUCCGUUAGAGCCGAAACGGAAUAGCAACAAAGGAAAAAUGGCUGCCAGUGUCUAGCCAGCGAGAACAACGUCGGCGAUCGUCGGAAAAUAUUUCAACUCCAGAACCAGCAGACAUCUCGGAGGAAGAUCAUUACUCGAGCGCGCUCAUGAAAGACGCGGAUAAGGUGAAGCUGAUGCUGCUCGCGUGGAAUUAUAAUCUUCAACAGCAGGCUCAGGCUCAGGCUCAGGCCCAGGCCCAGGUACAGGCGCAGGCCGCCAAUGCGGCCCUCUCGCCAAAUAACUCCUCGACAACCACGGCCACCACCGUUGGCACACCUGUCACCAGUCAAUCGGCUAUUUCCACGGCAAACAACACCAUUAACAACUCCACACUUACAGACUCGAGAAACGGCUCCUCAGAUUUGGUGGACAUGCCAGCCGGUACAGUUCCGAAUUUGGGCGCCGUGGCCGGCGUCGGUGGCGAGGACAUGGCAUCUUUGUGGGCCUCCUACGCGAUGGGACUAAAGAAGACACCGCCGCCAGGAUCGUCCGCGACGCCCUCGCGGUCGGAUCGCGACCGCGAGUCCAGCCCGCCCGGCGGCGAAGGGACGGGGAGCGCUCACGACGAGACCAGCAGCAGCGGCAAUAAAGAGGACGAGGACGACGACGACGAGGAUGCCGACGAGAGGCUCGAUCCCAGACAUCAUGACCCGGAGCGUCUGAAGGCUUUCAACAUGUUCGUCAGGCUGUUCGUCGACGAGAACCUGGACCGCAUCGUGCCGAUCUCGAAGCAACCCAAGGAGAAAAUACAGGCGAUCAUCGACAGCUGCACCAGACAGUUCCCAGAGUUCGCGGAGAGGGCCAGGAAGAGGAUCAGAACGUACCUGAAGAGCUGUCGGAGGAACAAACGGGGCCGGGAGGGCGCGCCUUGGGACGCGGCGAGGCCCACUCCGGCACACUUGACCUCCGUGCAGGCUGAGCAAAUUUUGGCAACGGCCUGCGAAAAUGAGAGCGACAACGCGAAACGCAUGAGAAUCGGUCUGGAGCCUGUGUCACAGCCUAUGCCAACUCUUCCAGCCGCAACGCAAACGGAUGUCCGGUCAAGUUUGGAGCAUUUCUCGAGUACACCGGUGAAAUCACUUCCGGGCAAGAGGGAAGAUACACCGCCGACAUCGUUAACGUCCCUAGCACCGUUAACCAGCUUGGCGAACUUGCCGAGUAGCACCCUCUCUUCUACACCCCUGUCUCUAGCGCCAGCGUCGAAGCUGCUCACACCGGCGGAUAACAAGAGUCUCAUGAGCCAGGCAACGAUAGUCAGCUCCUCGGCCGUUAAUGGUGUUGCCAGCGGCGGUGCACCGACGGCGAUGUACAGACCGAACUUCAGCCAGGCGUUCCAGCGUGCAGGACCGACGACAGUGCCGCCAACACUGUCCGCAGGAUUGUACCCGACCCAGAGCUUCACGUCGGGCCUUCUGAGCAACGGUACACAAAGACCAACUGACCUGAGCAUGAAGAACACGAAGCCACUGCUGAGCCACAAGCUGAACGCAACAGAAAUGACCGCGGUCAGGCAAUUGAUUACCGGAUAUCGAGAGUCCGCAGCGUUCUUGCUGAGGUCCGCUGACGAGCUCGAGCAAUUACUGCUCCAGCAACCAUAGAGCUAUAUUUACGUAGCAAGUGGCCAGCAAAUUAGUUCGUAAGUUCGGCCGGGUUGAGGACGGAAAAGAGAAAAAAGGAAGAAGAAUGCAGGACGAAGAAAGGAAAAGAAGCAAGGGGGAAAAAGCAGAAGUGUCGUUCAAACGGCUAUCUGAUCUCCUAGCCCGGAGACUUCGACGACGGCAUGAGUGAUGCCGCUAAUUACCGACAGUCGGUAACAAGAGUUUCUCUUAUCCUCCAUUAAGAAACAUUUCCGAGACCACCGCCGUGUUUACCUAACAGAAAACUAGCGGACGCCGCUGCCCCGAGGGAAUUAUCUUCGGAACGGUAGACGACGCCAGAAACUACGGAUUUUUUCUCCGACACGCGGUAACGAACGCUCCGCCCCGAACUACCGUUCACGGUGAAUUAAGUCUUAGCGGUGGAGGUUGAAAGCGGUAGGAGAUGAUCCUCGGGAUCUCCUAUGUCGUCAGCCUCCGGGGCGCAGGCUGGGACGUUUCUCUCUCGGUGAACACAGAGUUCCACGCGAAACGAGCGCGCUGAAAACGCGGAGUUUUAAGACUAGACUUUAAGGGAACUAUUCAAACAGGGUGUACAUAGAGAGGAUUUACAAAAUAUUUACUUAACUACCGAUAAGCUUAAGCUUAACUCGAGAGGUAUCGAGACCGCGUGUGUGAGAGUGCGUGCGAGAGGCUCCGGUAUUGUCCUGGACGCCUUCAACUGAUAAAUCGUUUCGGUGUUUUCUUAGGUCUCGAUGAGUCACGCGAACAUUUUUUCCCCGAUUCUGCAAUGACCACGUUAGAAAACGCUGGCUCGAGUGAUC